GAUUUCGGCAAAAUUGUACACGUUUUUUGUGCCAAGUGCAUUAAUUUUAUUGAACGUUGUUCACUAUUUGUUGCAAACUCUGAAAUCAUAAGUGCUUAAACGUAUCAAUAUGGCGCUCACAUCACGCUUCUAUUUAGAAAAAUAUCCGGAGGUAGAAGAUGUCGUCAUGGUGAAUGUGCUUUCUAUUGCCGAAAUGGGCGCUUACGUACAUCUGCUGGAAUACAACAACAUUGAGGGCAUGAUAUUACUUUCGGAGUUGUCACGUCGUCGUAUUCGCUCUAUCAACAAAUUGAUUCGUGUGGGCAAAACUGAGCCAGUUGUUGUCAUACGUGUGGAUAAAGAGAAGGGCUACAUAGAUUUGUCCAAGCGUCGGGUGUCGCCCGAAGAUGUGGAGAAAUGCACUGAACGCUUCGCCAAAGCAAAAGCCAUUAACUCGUUGUUGCGCCAUGUGGCCGACAUAUUGGGCUACGACAGCAGCGAAAAGCUCGAAGAGCUGUAUCAAAAGACGGCCUGGUAUUUCGAAAAGAAAUACAACAGUAAAACUGUCGCGUACGACAUAUUUAAGCAGUCUGUGACGGACCCGUCCGUUUUUGACGAAUGCAACUUGGAUGCCGAUACUAAGGAGGUGUUGCUCAGCAACAUUAAACGUAAGCUCGUGUCGCCGACUGUCAAAAUACGUGCUGACAUCGAAUGUUCCUGCUAUGGCUAUGAGGGCAUCGAUGCUGUGAAAGCGUCGCUAACUAAAGGUCUAGAGUUGAGCACAGAGGAGCUGCCGAUACGGAUCAAUUUGAUAGCGCCACCGCUAUAUGUGAUGACAACCGCCACCACGAAGAAGACAGAGGGUCUUAAGGCACUGGAGGUGGCCAUUGAGAACAUACGCGCCAAGAUAAUCGAAUACGAUGGCGAGUUCAAGGUAGUCAUGGCACCCAAACUUGUUACUGCCAUUGAUGAGGCUGAUUUGGCCCGUCGCCUGGAGCGAGCCGAGGCUGAGAACGCUCAGGUCGCUGGCGACGACGAUGAAGAGGAUGCUGCUGAUCAGGAAGGCAUGCAGUUCGAUCCCGAGCAGGAGUUCAAUCAUAAAAACUCGUCACGCCGCCUGGAUGACGAAGAAGAUGACGAGGAAUAGUCAAUAAUAGUACAGAUGGCUAUUUCACAACAACAAACACUACUACAACAGCAACUGCAAAUCGUAUGCAUUUGUACAUAAAUAUGUAUGAGGAAACAAUAGAGAACAACUAACUAGCAGUCUGGCCUGCUCCCUUUGCGCAAUGCGAAAACACUUUUAUACCUUUCACUCCAGCUGCCCCGUACCCCCGCCACUCCAAAAACCAUCUACGCGACCAGGGGAACUGAUUCACAUACUAGCUGAAGAUAAGAUUGUUUUUUUUUUUGGUGUAAUUUAAAUUAAACUUCGUUAAUGAGAACCGAAUCACCGGCCCAUGGAUAUAUGUAUAUAUGUAUGUGUCGCAGGCUCGCAUUUGUGAAAGCCACAUAAUUGAUACAUUUUAUAAUAAUAGUAAACAAUAAAAUACAAAAACUUGUUGGAAAUUUGUAAAUUCCACAUCGAAAUCCAAA